GGUUUCUCCAUCAGCUAAGACUGUUUGGAGAUACCAGUCCCGUGUUUCCGAGUCCACCAUGCGCCAAAUUGUCCUGGUAGAAGACGAAGCGAUGGAACCGCCCGGCGGGACCCUAUUUAGCCUGAUUAACACCACGAGCUUCUUCGUCCCGCGUUUCCAGCCUCCGAUCGACAACACCAGCGCCAUGAGCUACAACGGUUGCAGCGGGUUCCUACCUACUUGGCACAUGCUAAUGUGCUUCUUCAAGGGCUGGGUAUAAAUACGCCUUGGCCCGCUGCUCGCGGUAGGGCCGAACUGAGGGAGGAACUUCCGACCGACAGCAGCGUUCGCGAUCUUGCUCUGUCGUCAGCAUGUCCAACACCUUCGGCCUCCGCCGGCUUCUCAGCCUCGCGCUGGGCGCAAGCUGCAUCGCGGUCGCGUCAUGUCGAAACCACUGGGUCGACAUCUGGGCUUCAAUGCCCCAGGAAGUAGAACCGUACAACCUGCCCAAUCCCCCUUAUAACGGCACCGAUGGCGUGUUCCAGAACACGACGAUCCGCACGACCGUCUACGUGACCCAAGACGCGUCGACGAUCCGGCUCCAGCUCAGCAACGCCUUUGGCGGCUCCGACCUGCCCAUCACGGCGGCCACCAUCGCGCUGCCUGCCAACGGCACCGCCGGGUCGCCGGCGAUCCGCCCGGGCACCCUCCAGUACCUCACCUUCUCGGGCUCGCGCUCCUUCGCCGUCCCCAACGGCGCCCUGGUCGUCUCGGACCCGAUCCACUUCCCCGUCAAGGCGCAGACCAGCGUCACCGUGUCCGUCUACCUGGCCUCGGGCCAGGCCGGCUUCGCCAUCACCGGCCACCCGGGCAGCCGCACUACCAGCUGGCUGACCCAGGGCGACCUCGUCUCGGCGGCCGACGUGACCACGCCGACGACGCAGCGCAUCGACAAGUGGUUCCUGGUCUCGGCCCUGCAGGCCUGGCUGCCGGCCACCCACGGCUCGCUCGCCAUCGUGGGCGACUCCAUCACCGACGGGCGGGGCUCCACGACCAACGGCAACGACCGCUGGCCGGACCAGCUGGUGCGCCGGCUGCGGGCGGCGGGCGGGAAGAAGCCGCUCCUGCGCCCGCUCUCGGUCGCCAACAUGGCGGCGGGAGGCAACCGCGUCCUGGCCGACUCGCUCGGCCCCAACGCCUUCGGCCGCAUCGAGCGCGACGUGCUGGCCCGCUCGGGCGUGCGCUACGCCCUCGUCUACGAGGGCGUCAACGACCUCGGCACCGCAGCCCCGGACCCGGUCAGCCAGGCCGCCGUCGGCGACCGCCUCAUCGCCGCCUACGACCAGAUGAUCACGCGCCUGCACGGCGCCGGCAUCCCCGUCUUCGGCGCCACCAUCACCCCCAUGUGCGGGCCCGGCCAGCCCUACAGCGACCCCGUGCGCGAGGCCCAGCGCCAGCGCGUCAACCGCUGGAUCCGCACCAGCGGCCGCUUCGACGCCGUCGUCGACUUUGACCGCGCCGUGCGCGACCCCAAGAACGCCACCAUGCUGCGCACCGAGUACGACAGCGGCGACUACCUGCACCUGAACCCUGCCGGAUACAAGGCCAUGGCCGACGCCGUCGACCUCGACCUGUUUGUCCGCUUCGCCGGCGGCGUGUACUCCAUGGUUUAAGAAAAAAAUAAAAUAAAAAAAAAAGGCUGCUUAGCUUGCUUUGUUUCGUUUGUGGGAUGGGGAAUGAGAGAGGGGAGGGGAGGGGAGGGGAAGGGAAGGGGAGAGAGAGAGGGCAGGGUUGAGUUUGAGGAAGCUACAGCGGAAAAGGAAGGGAGCGCGGGAGAAAGAAACAAUCAAAGAAAAAAAAAACCGAAAUAAACAUUGGAACGUGGAGAUGGCUUAUCGUAGAUGAUUAUAGGCUCUGGGUCCCCCCCCCCCCCCGAGAGUCAGUUUUCUUUUUCUUAAACAAUAAUACCUAUCCUACCUUCGAUAAUAUAUAACAUAAUCGGACUGAUU